AUGGUAGUUUUCAUGUUUCUGUAUUCCCUCCUCCUCCGAGACCUAUUAAUCUCCCUACUACUCUCAUCAUCGGCUCAAGGAGCCAGACACGUCCCCCUUUUUGAUGUGCCGUUCUCAACCUACGCCAACUUCUUCCCUCUAGUCCAGCCCAAGGCGCUGAGUUACCAUUAUCGAUCCAUAUGCGGCCGAGACACGGCGAGAUUCAAUACAGGAUUAAGACAAUUAUCUUUGCUACCCAACCUCCCAACGCACGUCCGUCACAUGGGCUUCGAUGCACUUCUCUACUUCUGUGAAUACGAAAACAUCCUGUCUGAGGAGAUUCCUCUCCCUUUAUGCGAUAAGCUAGUAUACUACGGAAACAGUUACAUCUAUCAUGAGAUCUAUUUCAACUGCCUUCGGGCAACAGGCAUGUACGACGAUUUUGAGGAGCCUCUCUCUCUCGAAAGUUCACUACUCGUCCAGGAUAUCACCAACGCGUUUGGCGGUAUGAAGGAACUGUUUGAGGAACUUUUAGAGGCUGCUCUCUCGCUGGAUGGAUACGGUUGGGUUUGGUUACUUAGCCUUCCGGAAGGACUCUCCGUGAUAACGUCUCAAGAUUAUGAUGGCAUCCAUGGUGACCAAAUUUACGCCAUUUUCAACAUCGAUCUUUGGGAGCAUGCGUACAUAGAGAGCCAUGGUGCUAAUGUUGAGGCGUAUAUAAAAGCCUGGUGGGGUGCAGUUGACUGGAACAAGCUUGAUGUACAGUAUAUAAGGAAAUUCAGGCAAUGGUCGAACCAUCCGAUUCGACCCGAGCCUAUGCAUUCCCCAGAGCCAGUCGUACUGGACACGAGUCAGACUCGUCUUUACGCUAGUCUGAUAGACGAGGGGAUAUUAUCAACUUUGGUGGGACUAGCAGAGUCAGGUGAAGCGCUGGUGGCUCUUACAGCACUGCCGCAUGGCAUACCUCUGUUCGAGUAUCCCAAGGAAGCCUUAUUGCGUGGCUCCCUGCGGCAGAUCUUGGAUAGUCUGCAAGAAUUACAGCAGUUGGGUUUUGAGGGGCUCUGGGCGGCCUACUCAGAUGAGGCUCGAGAAAACGCACCACUGAGGAGUACAAGCUCGAUACUACAUGACGUCAACGGUACUUUAGUGGAAGCAUUGAAGGCGAUCAGUCCUUCCAUAUACAGAGAGGUAGCGAGGACGACUAGACUAUCAGUUGUUCACGACCUCGUUGUUGAGGAAGCUCGAUUGGGUCCCUCAUCAUCAGCGUUAGCAGAUGAUGACCUGUGGAUAAGGGCAGCCGUCAUCAGCGAUAGCUUCCGCCUCGGCUAUGGAACAUGGGCUCUAUUGCCGGGAUCUCAGCUCAUUCGCGGACGCGAGUCAAGAGGGAAUGUCCGAGUGACUGAAAGAGAUGGACGGCUGAAAUUUGUUGCAUCCUCUGAUAUAGAAGUCGGCGACACCUUGUCCUUGGAGUCGCAGGGGUCGGCAAGUUUAGCAACAACCCAAGGUUUACCGAAGUCGGGCCAAGCACCCUUGGGGGCUGAGAUUCAGAUCGCAUCAUGGGCUCAAACGGAAGGAAUGUCCAAUCGAUGUCGGAGAUUACUCACCUCAACGUUUUUGAUUUCUGGUGCAUCUCCUAUACCGAGGGCGGUGCUCAGAUGUGUGAGGAAGGCCCUGAGACCUGCAGCAUCUAGCAAGUUCGCAUUAGAGAUCGCUACUUACCAGCUGCUGUCGGAGGCAUGCCGUAGUGCUCUAGCGCGAGUGAUUGACCUUGAGACUUCACUGGACUCUAUCGUGCAAGACUCGGCCAGUUUGAUACGCUGUAUCAGUGAAAGCGAGAAGAGAAUGGAGAUUGAGGAGGAUCAAUUCAGUAGGUUAGCCGGUACCAGCCCUUGAUGAGGGAAUCUUCGCUGUACGUCAUAAGCAUUGAAUGGAUGAGGCUUCUCUCACAGGCCCUUGGGGUGGGUCUCUCGUUUUCUCAGCGCACUUGUUUGGUUUUUUGCCUUG